GUGGAAUUGCUAAUACGUUUUUGGUGAUUCCCUUGCAUAAUAAAAAGUCUUCGUAAUAAUUAUAUGCACUGCAAGCCUUCAAUGUUAUUUACAGUUUGCGCAGUUCUGACCCGUGGUUUUUAAACAAAACAAUGAUGAUCACAACUGAGAACCAGAACCAUAUCACGGAGCUGAUACUUAUUUAUAAGCCAGUCUAUACAUAGGAAACGAAGGUAAUUCCUAAUUCAGAGCCAUUAUCACCUGGGGGAAAUUAUACAGUGUUUGUCUACAGUAAAAUCCUAACACUUUAUAGUUAAGGACCGAACAUUUAUAUGAAAACUAGUUUCAUAUUAAUCUGACACUGCAAUCGAGCAACGAAAAAUUCGUUGGCUCGAGCGGGAUUUGAACUCGCAUCUUCGGGUAUCUAGACCGCCGCUCUACCUAUUGAGCUAUCGAGUCAACAGGGAUUGGUAGCGAGUCUUAUCCAAUUUAAGUGCACGAAAUAUUUUCGUGACGACUUAACGCUUGUCUGUGAGGACGCGCAGUGUUUCAAUUCGUGCACUUAAAUUGGAUAAGACUCGCUACCAAUCCCUGUUGACUCGAUAGCUCAAUAGGUAGAGCGGCGGUCUAGAUACCCGAAGAUGCGAGUUCAAAUCCCGCUCGAGCCAACGAAUUUUUCGUUGCUCGAUUGCAGUGUCAGAUUAAUAUGAAACUAGUUUUCCUAUCUCUGAGGAUGGUUCUGAAAUAGAACAUUUAUAUGGUCAGUUAUAUUGCAUGCAUUAAUGUAUACUAUAAUGUUGAAACAGUAAAAAAGGAAUAUGCUGUAUGACACCAAACACUGGCACAGAUUUUUGGGUUUGAGCCCGUUUGAAGCCACACACCCCUACGAGUUCGUUUGCCGUCAUGGUAUAGCGUUGCCGUCUAUAUUAUGCUUAAGUUAGCUAUUAUUAAUCAGUGACCUAUAUUAUGCUUAAGUUAGCUAUUAUUAAUCAGUGACCUAUAUUAUGCUUAAGUUAGCUAUUAUUAAUCAGUGACCUAUAUUAUGCUUAAGUUAGCUAUUAUUAGGCAGUUGACUCGAGAUAGGUUUGAUUGGGUUUUCUCUGGGUUUACUUCGAUUUCCGCCGACAACUUAAGGAAACAUUGACAGGGUGUCAAUAUUCAGGUGUGUCAACGUAUGAUUCGCGAUCCCCUCGUUACGCAUAUAACUGUACAUUAUUUGGUAAAAAAUCAAGGAAGUUCAAUCAAGUUCAGGAUUGCUUGUCAAAAAAACAAAGAAUUUCAAUGACGCACUUUUUAUUAUUUAGGAAGUUAUGACCUUCGCUGAAUUGUUUAACCAUGCCAUACUUUAUUAUCGUUAGUAUAAUGUUAUGAUUUCAUGAGGUAAGGCAUGUUCAAAAUAGUUCAUUCAAGUCAUGAUUUUAGAUAAAAGAACGUAAAAUCGGACGCACUUUUAGUGCAUUUAGGAAGUUAUAACCUUCGUCCAAUUGUUUAAUCAUGCGAUACUUCACAUCAUCAUACUAAUGUUUUGAUUUUACGACUGGAGGUGUGUUUCAAAAUAGCCAUUGUUGUUUUUGUUUGCGAGCACUUGUAACAUCAGCGCUAUUCUAUAAAUAUACUUAAUCAUUAAUGUCAGGAAAUUUGAACAAUUUCCAGAUACCUACGUACACUUGAAAUUGCUUUAUAAUUGCUUCAUCAUGCAUUAUUAAAUUAUCAAUUUGACGUUGCCCAGCUGAUGCUUAACUUGUAUCAUGCAGUUGCGAAGAGCACUUCCAGUUUGACUCUACCAAACACCGACUUUCUCCUGUCUAUUUUAAUUUCCCCUUGCAGGCGAGGGGGUUCACUCCAAAAACCUCGAAAUAAAAUCCCUAACAAAUUCCUGAAAGUCUUUAUCAAAUCUUUAAACUCUCUAUACCAAUCCCAAACAAUCCCUCCCCCAAAAAAUCCAAAGAAAACCCCUAAAAAUUUCACAGGAUUUUCUAAUCCCUCGUCGCAACACACUUUCCGGUGAUAUUUAUCACAUGUAUUGAGCACAUGAACUGAUAAAUUAUACACUGGGAUGUAAAUAGUUUACAUAAGCACCGGUCAGUAUAUUAAUGCAGUUGUCAACAUGGACCGGAGGAUUUUAUGCCAAAGUGCAGAAUUGAUGUGACAAUCGUAAUGAAUAUGAAUUUUAAUUAUCACGUGGAAUUUAAAAUCUAGUUUAAUAUACUAGGUUAAUACUAUGGCAAUUGAUACACCAGGCGGAAAUCUUAGUUUAAAGAUAAAGAGCAAAGCCCAGCAAAUAACUUUAAAACCAAACAUAAUAAAAGUAAAAAAUUUAAUUAGCUAACGUUUCGUUGUUUACAAUACAACAUCUUCAGAGCAAUCUAAAUGAAUUUACAGGGUAUGGUAUAUAUAUUUACAAAAUAAUGGUUUACUAUUACAAAAACGGUUACAAAAUUUGAAAGAACAAAUGAAUAGAAAGGAAAACAACUUAUCAGUGACAAGUAAAUUGUUACUUGUUACUGAUAAGUUGUUUUCCUUUCUAUUCAUUUGUUCUUUCAAAUUUUGUAACCGUUUUUGUAAUAGUAAACCAUUAUUUUGUAAAUAUAUAUACCAUACCCUGUAAAUUCAUUUAGAUUGCUCUGAAGAUGUUGUAUUGUAAACAACGAAACGUUAGCUAAUUAAAUUUUUUACUUUUAUUAUGUUUGGUUUUGAAGUUAUUUGCUGGGCUUUGCUCUUUAUCUUUAAACUAGGUUAAUACUACAUACAACAUCAGAUAACUUCGGGGUGCUCAGAUUAAAAAAGAUGAUUAUCUCUGUAGGUCCGUGACAAUAAUAACUCAUCAGCAUGCUGCGUACAACAUCUGAUCACUUUAGGGAAGCUCACAUUUAAGAACAUGUACUACCUCAGCAUGAUCUAACGGAACCCUGCUCAACAUUGAGUUCUGUGCAAUAUCAGAUCCACUUUAGGGUACUGUAGCUCACAUUCAAGAACAUGUUAUCAUGCAUGUACAGAUGUACUACCCGCAUGAUCUAACCAAGACUCAGAAGCGAAUUACUGCUAUACAACAUCAGAUCAUUUUAGGGUACUCAAUAGCUCACAUUCAAGAACAACAUUGAAGAACCGAUGCAGUACCUCUGCAUAAGCCAUAGGUCUGCAUAAUCUAACUCAUGCAGCGGCGAGUUCUGUAAAACUAUUUGUGGCUCAGAGAGACAUAUAAUUCUGCUCGCUUGCGUUCUGUACAACAUCCACAUCAGAUUAUCAACUAAUCCACAUUCACGAAUUCUACAUCUAGUAAUAACCUAACAAAUGUCAUACAAAAACAGCGGGAAACGAGCGGUACGGUUAGUUUGCGGUUUUACCGCAUAUUUCUAGCGGUUUUUAAGGCUAUUAUAAUGCGCGGCAAAUCCAUGGCCAAUGCAUGCACUAAACACCGCUGGCACAUCAUACUUUUACCGCGAAUUUGAAUAUUUUGUUUGCCAUGCGUUUUUUAUGAGCUUGCAAAGCUAAAUACUGUAAGCUAUAUGUACAUGUAUAUUAAAAGGUUUUAUCGUAACAAUAUAUAUUAGAUUUCCGCGGGAGAAUGCCAUGCUUAAAACUAUCACUACAAAAUCUCAAAAUUAAACCAAACUAAUCUGGCGUAUUUAUAUAAUCUCUUGACUCUUUAGUCUGUUUUGCUUAGCUUAUGGAAAGACUGUUGUUUACAUCUUUAAUAAGAUCUCGCACAUGGUUUAUUUCAAAACCCCAGGGAUCACCUUAAACAUAUGUAUAUCUGUGAUGAUGGAGUACGAUUGCUCAUUGGAUACGUGAUUUUAAUAAUGUAUAUGAUGACGUAUAUAACUUGACCUCUGGCUCUGAUACUGUUUCCUGGUUGCUGUAUCAUCAAUGUUGAUUCAUAUCUUAUACAAGCAGGAAAUAUUACAGAAAUAGACAUGAAUUGUUAGCAUAUGAGCUUUUUUACUCUCCUCGACUUAAAGUGUUUCUGAUACAGGGAUUUGAUUCCUACAGUUGUCUGAUUGUAAUUUCGCCUCACAUGUAUGAUGUUGCGCUUCCUCCUUUACCGAAGAUCCGCUAUGGAGAACGGUUUGGAACUGAUAGAGUUUUCCAAUAUACAAUUUUUUAUAUUAAAUUUAGUUGACCGCGGAUUCAGCUUGGACGACUAUCUUGAGUAUUAUAUAUAAUUAUGGCAAUGUUCCGUUUUUGGAUUCAAUCUCACCAAAAAGCCUUCGAAAUAAUUUUGACCUGCAAAGCAUUGAGAAUUCUCUGCAAAAAGCUAUAGUAUAUAUAGCACUAUGUCUAUGACUUGAAAAUCAUAAUGCCAAAUCAUCUACUCGUGUUGCCAGUUAAUAUUUUUAGCCGUAAAAUUAUUGACUCGGUUUUCAGCUAAUAUCCGCACCGGACAAUUAGUAAAAUUACUUGCCUGCUAUUGGGAAGUAAAUUCGCAUCCACGUUCCCUUCUCAGAAAGUUUAAACAACCCGACACGAAAAACAGUGUUGGGUGCAAGGUCGCGCGCGUCAUAAUUUCGCGCGCGCUUUUAAUUUUGUGCUUGUAAUGGGGAAAAUAUGGAAAAUAAAAAUUAUAUGAUCGCCUAAUUCGUAAAAGGACAUCGAAAACAUAAAAUUUAAAGAGUGUUAAUUAUUACACUGAAUUUAUAAGCCAUCCAAACUGAAAAAAAAUCCCAAGCAUAUAGAAUAAUUUCUGAUGUGCGUUCCGUAAGUGUCUAUGAGCAUUUUUUGUCAGAAUGACAAGCGUUUCGCGCGCGGGUUGAAACAUUCUUUUUCGCUCACUUCAGUUGUGCGCAUCACAAUUGCGAUCACACGUUAACUAAUUAAUGCUUUUGCAACUAACUGCUUUUCCCCCCAAAUAUAUAUAUAUAUAUAUAUAUAUAUAUAUAUAUAUAUAUAUAUAUAUAUAUAUAUAUAUAUAUAUAUAUAUAUAUAUAUAUAUAUAUAUAGUAUGUUUUGUGUUGAAUGUGUUCAAUAUAUAGACCACAGUAAGACUUUUUUUAAAUGUUUAUUUCAUAUAAAGUAUAGAGUUUAUAUAGUAUGAUUUAAUCAAUGCCUCAAGCUAUUCUCAAGAAACGUUAUUCUUUAAACCUAAUCUGACAUCUCCCAUCGAUACAGUUAAUCACAUGAGGAUUCAAAUGAGGAUUAACUUUAAAAGGAUCAACAAUUUUUUUCAUUGUGAUUAUCCAAGCUAAGCUCAAAUGAAAGCAAAGUUAGUAAGAUCGUCGGGAUAAUAUCGAAGUUGAACACAUUCGGCUGCGUAGGAAUAAAAUUACAGUCAUAACAUGUAUACUAUAGCGGUGACUGGAUGAAAUAAAAAGGCCGCGUCCUGACACUAAUCUAACAAGUACUACUGAGUAUUUUAUGCGUUUCAGUUCACCGCCGUAAUCACCGAUCGUCCACGCUAAUAGAAUGCUUUUUUAAAUUAUUAAUGUGGACGGGCGACAAAACGAAGGUUUUAAAAAAUGCAGACGUCACUAGCGCAAUCAUGCGCAGCGAACUUGCUUUUGUGUUGUUUGCUCAGAUUUCAGCUGAGUUGUUUGUCUGGAAAUGGAUAUAUUGAUCAGUUAAUCUGCAAGCAAAUGCAAAGCUUACAAAGACAGCGUAUUGCUCAUUUGCUCUACACUGUCCUGUGGCUGUCUUAUUUCUCAAUUGAUCUCUGUGACAUUGCAAAAUUACUACGACUCCAAGAGUUCGUAUAGAAACCUUGAAAGACCUUCUUUAAAUAUUCAUUGUAGCGUAGCCGUAGGCCUUGAAUUUCAUAAGUCAAGGUCUUGAAAUUUCUUGAAUUUAUGAACAGUUGCAAUUUGAACAGUUUGACGUCGGUUUUACUGUAUGGGCAGUAGGUAACAAAAUGGCAGUAGAAUGAUAGUGAAUGAUAGUAGAAUUAUCUCGAAUAUUGUAUAACUAUAGUCUAAUGCUUCGCAAUAUGAGGAUUAUUUAAAAAUCGGUUUAAAAAUCUUAUACUAUUAUUAUAGUAAAUAAUUUUGCCGACAAAGUGAAAGAGUUUGUGUCGUCGUCAGCCGCGUACGCCGUCGUUUUUGUCAUUUUGUGCCGGCUGGAUGUUAUAAACGAGAUAAAUUUCGACUAUUAGCGCUUACAGCAGUUCGCCUCGAUACGGUGACCAUGCACCUCAUGCAAAAUGAUUAUGCGCGUUACAAAUCAUCGAAUUUGCCAGGCUUUGUUCAGUUGUUAAUGUCUCUGAUAUUAAAUAGCGACCGGCCUAAAUGUGAAAAACAACUAUUGCUAUCAACCUCAGUUUUCCGUGAGAUGGUCGCGUAUCAUGUAAAACGGCUGUGAAUGAUCUAAAAAUUUUGUUUGAAAUUCACGUUCGAAAACUUUCAGUUAAAUAGACCUUUCCCCUUAUAACCAAAAUUUUGAUCUAGGCAAGUCUAGACAAAUAUUUCAUCACAGCUUGAAAGAGCAUCACAAAAUUAGUAAUAUUCCAAAGUUUCGUUGCAAAAUCUUGUAAAAUGCGGAUAAUAUAGCCUUGCGAAGUUUGCCGUUUUUCAGUCAUUUUGUAUUACCACGACGUACGGGAAAUUGACAGCCCAAUCGGGUGUUGGGGCAUCAAUUUCCCGUUUGUAAUACAAAAUGACUGAAAAUUGCAAAUUUCGCAAGGCUAUAUUAUCCGCAUUUUACAAGAUUUUGCAACAAAACUUUGGAAUAUUACUAAUUUUGUGAUGCUCUUUCAAGCUGUGAUGAAAUUUUUGUCUAGAUCGAAAUUUUAGUUAUAAGGGGAAAGGUCCAUUGUCAUGAGUUAUAUUUAUAAUGACUGAUUUUAUCACUACGGUAAAUAUUUAAUUUUUAUAUGAUUAGGUAAGUCAUCCCCAUAUAGGAGGCGUGAUAGGUUGAAGGAAGGGAGGGGGGCAUAUAUAAACCACAUCAAAUUUGGAUGAUUGGCCUUUCGAACCGGAUGAAUUCGAGACAACGUUCUUUGCACUGAAACACUUUUGCUGAUUUCAUCAUGUUUAACCGGGGACCUCGCCUGUGUGAGAUCCGCAUGCCUUCAUUGACGCAUAUAAAAUUCAACAUGUGUUGCUAUGAGAAACGAGCCAGGUGAAAUAUCACCUUGCGCCAGGUGGAUGAUGGGUGGAUCUCAGUCAAACGGAAUAAUGUUUUCACUAUAUGAACACUUAAUUCCACCUGACCAGGAUCAUUUUUGCCGAUUUUGACCUAUUAUAUACUAUUGAACGACUUAAUCGGAAAUACAAGCAAAAAAUAUAUAGUAAAUUAAUAACCCUAAACAGGCACUAUUUAAAGUCUAAUACAAAGUACCGUUUGUUUAAUUGAGUGAACAAAAAUGUUUGCAAGACGCCAGUGUUAACGUAAUUUCGUCCCACCGACGCGGAAUAUUUAUUAUGUGGGAUUGAAAACAGUUAUAUGAACACACAUAUCAAAUAAUUCGUCCCAUUCAAGGUGACCUUCCCGGCACACCAUGCUCAUAUUAUGAACAAGCCCUUAGUCAGAUAAGCCUACGAUCCAAUUGUGCACGAACAUCAGGCUGUAUGGACGAAUCUAUACGUGUUGUACCUGCAUCACCGAACAGUUUGUCCCGGUCUUGCGUCUGACUACAUGGAAACUGUUGUGUUAGACAGUGUGAAAUAUACCGCUAAAUUCACUUGAGGCCAUUUGAUAGACUAGAAUGCUCAAAAUAGGAGCUAUGAAGAGACACUCCAUUGUAUAAAGCCAAACUCCAAAUUGAACGUGUCCGCUUUAAAACUUCAAAACUUGUUGAAUUAAGAAUUUUAAAGUUACAUCACAACUCCAAAAAUAAUGUGGACAUGCAUAUAGUUCAGUGCAAAGUACAAAGUACAGCACAAUUCUACCCCCACCCCUCCUCCCCCGCCGCCAUCCUUCUCAACACACCUUAUCGCACAUUCUAUGGGAUGGGCUUGGCUUGUGCAAUCGUAAUAGAUCAAAUAUUUACCGUAGUGGUGAAUUAUGUUGUUAAACAUACCUCAUAACAACUUGCAUGUUUUGAACGCAAAUUUCAAACAAUUUUUUUAAAAGACCCCUUGAGCGUUCGUCGAGUAUUUUCUAAGCACGUUUGAGCAGGUAAGAAUGACAUAAUUUACGGUUUCGAAAUCCUCUGGUCACAGCCAAUGAAAUGGUAGAACUGUAUUACGCAUUUUACCGUUUUAAACAGAGCCACAGAGCCUAUAGCUGGACGAUAUCUAAAACUCCCUUAUCAACUUUCCUUACUUUUGAGCUGCUAUUAAUCAGCGGAUAUUGCUCAAUUUCGUACAAAUUAAUGUUGACACCUUCUCUCAAUUCUAUACAUUUACUACCAAAUACAAGUGCAGGCUACUAUACGUACAAGGAAGAGAAUUAACAAAAAUUUUCACUCUGACAAUCACCUAUAUUUUCGAAAUUACUAGCCCCGUAAUAUUUUAAUUUUUCACCGCAUACCUUUGAAACGAGAACGGAAGGGAGAUCAGGAAGUUCAUUCCACGAACUCAAUCAAAACAUAAACGCUUUUCAAUAAUUAAGGAUAUAAUUUUGAUAUACGCGCUAAAAUGCGACAUGCAGGGUAAUACUGAAUCACUUUAUAUAUACUUUAUAUAUAAUAUAUACUUUUAUAUUUAUAUGACGCAAUAUAUGCCACUAUCAUUGUAUAAAAUGUUUGAAGUGUUGUGUUGUGUUGUGUAACUCAUAAAAAUAGUUCAGUAAAUAAGCUAUGUUUUUGAAAAGGACCCAAAAUUCCUUUUAUGCAAAUAUGUAAGUCAACAAUGUUUUAUGUUUAUGUACUUAAUUCUUAACACACCUCAUGAAAGAAUUUACUUGCACGCGAACUGCAAAGGUUUUUGUGUUGAGUAGGCGCGCGAAUUUGGAUUAAAAUUCCCAGGUCUAUAUAUAAGCAUUUCAUCAAUAAAUGAUACUGGAAUGCCAAACGCCAGUCGGCCCACAGCCCACUCACUGGCGUAUCAAAAUAUCUGUAAACAGCUCUGUAUCUUUAAAAACAAAUUCUUUCGCUAUAUAUAUCUUUGCUGCAAGAGGGCUCUUUCAUAUGCGCGAAGGUAUUUUUAUGAUCUGGCCACGAAGUUUGCCAGAAAUCUCACCGGCGAAUCCUGUCCCAAAGGGCGCUAUGUCAUAUUUCCGCACAAAAUAUGAGUAAGGAUUUUGAUAUGAGAAUGUAGACCCUGUUGGGACUUUUAAAAUUAAUGUCUUUAAAGUGUAUUGAUUAUAGUAUUCAAAGCUGGCAUGGGCCAUGCUUGCAUGUAUUGACCUUAUAUUUGUAUUAUAAUAUCUAAUACUUUAUUAUCAAUAUAAAGUUUACUUCAGUCGUAUUUCAGUCAAUUUGCAUCAAUUCGAGUUUCAAUUCAGAAAUCCGUUCGAACGCUGUACUAUCCAUAUUUUCAAAUCCAUAUUUAAGUGCACAAGACAGUUAACUAUAUUAUAUAUAGUUACUACGUUUGCGGUUCACAGUAUGUAAAUGUUCUAAGUAAUCAACUUCGACGCAAAAAGUUCUCAAUUAGUAUAUCUUGAUAAUAUUGUGCUUUGCAAAUUUAUCAGCUUGAAAAAGAUGAAUGUUUAGACCUUUCCAAUUUUUCAGUUGACACAUUCGAUUGUAAAUAUUCUGAUGAAAGCGAUAUCGAUAGUUUGAACCAGCCUUUAUCAAUAUAUAGACAUUAGCUAGGACUUGUAUACGCGUACAUCAUGAGAGAAAUUCUUCAAUAGUCGUUACUCGCCAAUAGAAUUAUACCGGCCGGAUGACAGGCACAGCUUUGCCUAGUGUUAGACAGAUUAAAAUCGUCUGGCCGCUUUAGACAAAGUACAAAUAUCUGGGGUGGGCAAUGUACAGAAUGUAGAAUUGCCUGGAUCGCAGAGGGUUAAAUUAGUGUUGAGGACAGAGUUUAUUGCAGGUUAUAAGAUUGUUCGCUGGAACAUCAAAAUGUAUUUCUGAAUACUGUAGAGUACGGCGUAUAUAAAAAUAUCAGAAUCGUAUGACAUUUAAUAUAAUGAAAUCCCUGCAUGGCCUUGGCCUUGCAUUUAUGACUAUGAGGAGGUCCAGAGAAAUUUGUAUAUGUUAAAAUCAAAUGUCCCAUGCAUGGCCAUGUACGUACAUAGUCAUAUAGACCUAACAAUUUGGCGGUAACAGCAUCAAGCAUUAGACAUAAAUUCUGACAUAUAAUAUAAAUAAAUUCUCACGUAAGUAUUAUAUCAUUAUCAGCAAAUAAUCAAAUUUCAUUAAUAUAUUACAAUAACUAUAUGACCCGGCAUAAUUUUAUAUAUGAAUAUAUUAUAGCCAAUAUAGGAUUAAAUAAGUGAUUUGUAACUUUGUCGAUAAAAUGCAAAUUCCAUACUGAUAACAUUGAAUCCUAAUUGUGUUAUAAGGAUUUAAAAAUGAAAUAUCCUUUUCGGAUAACACAAAUAAAACAGACAAAAUUUUUGGUAAAGUCUAAUCAAAAAUUAACUAUAUAUAUAUAUAUAUAUAUAGGCUAGACCCAUAUAUCAAAGAUGAGCUAAUAUGUAUAUGUCAUGUUCUAAUUCAUGUAGCUCUGUAUAUAUAGUAAAGUACUGAUACCAUUUCCAUUGGCAUUGCAUUUGACAUUCAACGUUACCAUAUAUAAGUUUUAAAUAAAAAUUUGAUAUAUGGAAUUUAGUUGCGAGAAAUCAUAGUAUGAUUUAGCUAAUGAGUGUGUGUAAGGGCCUGAAUUUAACCAUAUUAAAGCCCAUAUGCUCUAACUCAGUAUAUUAAGCUUCACUAGGUCUGUGUUUGUGACACGCAGCGUUCUCAAUUAACCUCAAAACCUCGUUCACACAAAACUCCAAAAAUACACAGUCAUAAAAUUGGCCGGACGCGAUAAUGUGUCGUGAGAUUUUAACUCAAGGGUGUUGAAAGUAUGAGGAAAUGCUAGCCGUCAAACAGACGCGAUUCCUCAAUUCACAUGCAAGCGAACAUUUCGAAGCCGUGAAUUUGGCUACUUCCGCUGUCUUAAUCUACGGCGUCGGGCUGAUCGGUCGUCGCUUGUUACUCUACUUAGCUGCCCAUAAUUACCCACAGCGUUUCAACACAAAAACACGCCCCCAAACCAUGAACACUUUCCAACUUUUUCACAAAAAAAUCAAACAAGAAUGUAUGCGUUGCCUUUUGUUUUGUGCGCCGCCUUCAUCCCACCUAUGAGUGCAAAUCGCGCCUUUCCUUGAGAAAAAUCCCGUUAACACCUAAGCGAACACUGAAAUUCGCAUUCUCACUGUUUUGAUAGCUUUAAACGGACCAUCUGUAGUUCAGUGUGUAAUUUGAUCUCCUCUAUACGGAGCCUUUCGACUGAUAAAAAUAAUCUUAUAGUUUUUAGGGAGAGUCGCUAUGGUGCCAGCUUACGUCAUGAAUUGAUAUGAGCUUGAAAGUCGUCAUGUAGCCAAUCAGCGCGCAGAACCUGCUGUCGUCGUGCCAACAUUUUCGCAAGGGCCCGCAUUAUAAGUUCGCAGCUCUAGCCCACGACAAAAACAUUGUAUCGAACACUUCGAAUGCGGAAGGUACACCAUAAUACUGAGGAAUAUACAACUUUUAUAUAUAACAAAAUGUCUAAGGCAUACGAACUUAUGUCGCUUGCCCGUAGUAGCGCUGGGUUUUAUUCAUCAGAGAUCGUGCACAAUCAAAGUAAUUCGAUACUGCAGGAAUCAGAGAAGAAAAAUAUGAAUUUGAAUAAACUUGUAAAUUCGUGGUCUGAUUGCUCGUCGAAUACAAGAAUCGACUCGCUUGCGGAGCAAAAGAUCAAAUCAGAGUUUAAACUCCGAAACACUAUGGAUGCUCAAAGGGGACGGAUGAACGGUACGAAACGUUGGACUGAUCAGCUUGGAUCGGGUCACGUCGCUCGAGAUAUGAGUGAGUCCCUUGCAAACAGCGAACCGAUGCAGCCGGAUCAGAACGAGAAAGGCGAGCAUAUACGUCGGCCAAUGAAUAGUUUCAUGAUUUGGAGUCAACACGAAAGGCGCCGACUCGCUGAAGAGAAUCCAGACCUUCACAACGCCGAACUCAGUAAAAUCCUUGGUCAAAACUGGCGAGCUCUUACUGUCGAGCAAAAGCGACCAUAUCUCUUGGAAGCUGAGCGGCUUCGAGUUAAACAUAUCCAGGACUAUCCGAGUUAUAAGUACAGGCCGAAACGUCGCAAACAUCCUAAACGUGUCUGCAAAAAAGCAAUGGUUAAAACGCCGGCGAGUUCAAAUGUUGGAUUGAAACCAAUGUUACAAAAUUUACCACUUGCAAAUGUGCAACAAAGCUGCGAUAACUCUUGCAAGUCACCGAGCGGAACGGCCCCUAAACCGUCUACAAAUCUACCCCCGUUCUGUCCACUAACUCCAGAAUCGAGUCCAAACAUCCAAAAAGAAAAUACGGUGUUCAAUUUCGACGUAUCGAAACACGAGCCGAAACGUAUGACAUGCGAGUAUUCUUUGCCAGCAACUCCACCGACAUGCAGUCAAGCGAACGAUGACCCUUACCACUUUGCCUCGCUAGACUUUCUAAACACUGAAGACUUUAACUUACAAACCUAUAUACUUGGAGAGGACAUGUCGGUACUAGAUCGAGACGAGUUUGAUCAGUACUUGGGUCAGGAUUAGGACAUAUCCUGCAGAAACCCUUACCCACGGGAAGAUAAUUUAAUAAUGAAACAUUUAUACUGGCUUUUGCAGCGUAUAAUGUAUUCUAAAAGACUGCAACAUACGAGUGGGAUACAGAUUAUUAUUCACCGGCACACGGCAGUUGUCCGCGAACAAAACAACCGAACGUUCGAGAAUCUUGUACGCGUCGUUGAUACAAGGCUGUUAUCAGAGAGCGCAAGUGUAAAUAGAACAUUUCAAAGUGUAAAUAGCUUGGGGUAUAUAUAUGAUAUAUAUAUUCGUAUCGUUCGUAAUGCAUGCAAAGUGGUUUUAUAUAAACGGACAGUUUUAUAGAACAAUUCGCCGGUUUGUGUAAUAUCAGUAUAGUUGUUCUAAAUAGGUUGACUUUGAUAGUUUUACCCUUAAAUGUAUGCGCUUGCUGAGCGAGCCGCAUACAAGUAGAACCGCAAUCUUUUUGUGUAAGAUUUUUUGUACUGUUUCGUCAAACGGCGUUCGCUUUUAUCAUCUAAUGAGAAAGCAUUUAGUUUUAAAGCAUGUAUAUAUAGUUUAGUUCAAAACUGGGGUUUUUUAUUGUCACUUAAAAUCGUCCUUUUUUAAGAAAUAAAGCGUAUUUAAAGUAAUUUUAUACCACGUUUUAUCUUCUCUAAUAUCUAUAGUCUCUAGGCAAGCGAUCGUAAACAUAUAGAGCGCCGAUUGAAUUACCUCAAGGAUUUGUUUUGGCCCCUCAAGGCCUCAAGAUUAUGCGUAUUAGCUUGUGUCAUGAUUUGCCUUCAAUACAGCUGUUCUCUCGUCAAGAUUAGCGAGUUCCUAAAAAGGCCAUUUGUCCAAGACAUCCGGUAUAGUGAAAAUGAUAAAAUUCAUUUUAGUAUCCGUGCUGUGCUGUGGUUUUUGGGUUACGGAAAAGGCAAACUAUACACCGCUGCGAUCACGCAUAAGAAUAUACGUCAGCUUGGCAAUAGGAAAUGAUACUUUCUUCCGCAUUGCACGUCCGUUGUUGUGAGUAAGCUUUUCCGCGCACCAAUUUUACAUUAAGAUUUUAGAUUAUCUAUGGUUUAGGCAUAAACGUGAUUUUCGAAAGGAACUCGCACGCUUCAUGCGCCAUGACAUAAUAAUUGCACAAGCGUUUGUUUAUUUUGCAACCUUGAAUGUCGCUGAUCUCAACAAAGUAUGCUUCAAUCUGAUUGGUCAAGUAAACAAUUGAUUAUUGUUUCACACAAUGCGAUUGUUUCAGAUGCACGUCAGUGAAUAUUACCCAGGGAUUAGGCUUGUUACGAAACGUUGCAUCCCUGUUGCGCAAAAUUAAUUUGAAAUUUUGUUAGGCCAUGUUUGUCGUAUUUUGCGGGUUUGUGUGUGUCAUGCAAGUACGUGAAAAAUAUUUAUAGGACAAAGUCCGACUUUCGAUAGGUACUAUCUUCCUAUACACGAUAUGUUUCGCUCAAAUUUUUGAAGCUUGUUCUUAUUUUUUAAGGUAGCUGUGUCCUGCACAAAAGUCUGAAAAUUGUAUUCUUCGCUCCGUACAGCGGCACACAUCAUUCGUGUUUGUUUUAAGUCCAUUUCAGCGGCAUCAAGUGUUCAUAUGUGAAGUUUUGCUGAUUUGCCAAUUGAUUUUUGAACAAGUGUUCUUGUCAUGAACUAUACAAACGAGCGAUAAAACUUGUUAUGUGAAAACUAGCUUUGAUAGUCUUACGAUUUUUUAACUUAAUUCUGGCGACGUUACACAAUAUGACAAGUCUGUUAAAUUUCAGAGCCAUCAACAGAGGACUUUUCUUGCAUAGUUAAAACUAUAGAUUUAAAAUUGUGCCUCUCCACCUGACUAAUUAACAGCCAACGAGCAUUGCACGUUCAAAUCCAGCAUGAUCAAGCAGUGAUGGAUUUGAAACAAUAUGCCAAUGUGUUCUUCCAUUUGACUUGGUAAGUCACUUGUGACAUGCAGCGAUGAAUUUAAGCUUGAGUAAACGUUUUUGUUAACUAUAUUGAUUAUAGCAUGACAUGUUUGCCAUUCAAAUGACGCACUAACCACAAGAUGUAGGUGUUAUAUGAAGAACAAACAAACAUCUUGACCACAAAAUCUUAUUUACAACCAUUUUGGGGUAAUUAUCUUUCUCUCUAAUUAAUUAACGUCACGGUGGACUAAACACAAGCGUAGCUUGGGGCCAACUCUGUAUAUUGUUUUUCUUGACUUGCCAGGACUUGAACGAAUGCUGGGAUGCGCUUGUCACAGUAAUGUGUAUGCAAAUAUAGUUUAAUCUCGAUUAAGAUCGCUUGAUGAUUUUAGAAGCUAUAAUCUCGUUUAAACGUUGUUAAAAAAUUUAAUUUGAGCCAUGAGUGAUUAUGAUAUUACAAAUUUGGCACCGAAUGAUUUGAUUGAUUUGCCGUUUCUUGCGCAGAAAAUCAAUGCUUUAUGUGUAAAAUUAUACUUCCAUGAAGAGAUUCUAUGUGCCAAUUGAAAGGGAAAAUAAUCGAGAAAGAGAAAGUCGCUAAGUCUAAGACUAAGUUGUGCUAUAUUGCUGUAAAUAUAUGGCGCCAAUUCAGUUUCAAAGCGUCAUUGAUAAUUGCAUUCUAGUUAACAUUGUUCACUAUCUCAUGAUUCUCAUCUGACAGAUUCUAGUAGCUGCCUUUUUGAAUGCAUAUUAAAGCACAACGUGAUUUUGAGAGGUACGCCAUAACGAUUUCAGGUUUUGAACGCUUUUCAUCGCAAACACGCAAAGAAAAAAAUUACAUGCAUGUUAUCAUUUUUUUUUCAAUUUAUAAAUACUCGUGGUAUAAGUGUUCUCUCUAGAGAUCCAGGAAGGGCUGAUUCCUAUAAUCAGUUUAGCACUAGUUUCGCCUGGAGGUCCAGUAAGGGCCAUCGUUCAUUGGUCCAGAAUUAUCAUCUAUAUAUCAGUAUAGAAUGAAACCUAAACUAAGAUUUAUUACUUUAUACUCGAUAGCUCCAUAUGAGCUUAUAUAGACUGUUAUCAUAUUAUAGGUCCAGUAAGGGCCAUUCUUAAAAUAUCGAACCAGUGUUGGCACAGGAUACAUGAGUAAAAUUAAAAUCUAACUUAAAUUUAUUUACACUGGAUAGUUCUAUCAGUUCUAAAAUGUUCUCACUAGAAGUCCAGUAAGAUCCAUCUGUUAUUGAAUGUCACUACGACGCGGGAGGCAAAAUUAUAAGGCGAGCAAAAACCUGAAGUGUUUGGUCUGUUACCUCGACCUUGUGAGCAAUUUCUUCCGUAACGAGAAUUUACAUAUAGAGUUGUAUACAUAUAGGAACUCAAAUAUACUUUGCAGCACAUGUAUCGGAACUUGUCGAAAUUUGUUAUAUUGAGUGGGUUUAUUCCGACCUCGCUUCCUGUUCAAAAGUAACUUGACCUUCGCUGGCCUGCAAACUCGGUUGUGUUGUCUGGCUUGCUUUCUUUGUGACCCAAAAAUUUAAUAGUAAUUAGUAUGCAGCUAGUCAGGUUUUGAUAAAAUUUUGAAAAGUGUGAUCGUGGUAUUAAAUAGGUGGCGAUGAGUGUAUUUUAUUAGAUGGAAACAUACAUCCUAUCGUCUUUACCCGCCCCGGAAAAAACCCAUGAAGCAAAUCAGAUCAUGAAAAUAGUAUAAUAUUAAUAUGCUUCAUCAACAUAAAUACCAGUUUUGGCACUAUAUAAUACAUAACAUAAAAACCACA